AUGGUGGGCUGCCUGGCGACAUCCACAAAGACCAUCUUGGCAGAGUCGCUGCUCCAUGGAUACAAAUUCGACAGCAUCAACACGGUGUACUACAUGGCUCCCUUUGCGACGAUGAUCCUGUCAGUGCCGGCCAUGGUGCUGGAGGGCAGCGGCGUGGUGAGCUGGCCUCUACACAUGCGAGUCGGUGGGGCCAGCGCUGGCGAUCAUCGUCACGUCGGGGGUGCUGGCCUUCUGCCUCAACUUCUCCAUCUUCUACGUGAUCCACUCGACGACGGCCGUGACGUUCAACGUGGCCGGCAACCUCAAGGUGGCCGUGGCGGUGCUGGUGUCGUGGAUGAUCUUCCGGAACCUUAUCUCGGCAUGAACGCCGUCGGCUGCGCCGUCACGCUCGUCGGCUGCACCUUCUACAGCUACGUCAGGCACCCUCAUCUCGCAGCAUCAGGCCGCCGUGGCGACCGGCGGCGGCGGCCCGCGUACGCCCAGAGGCCGCUUGGGAUGCCGCUCACCGCCGAGAAGCAAGGCGACAAGAUAUAG